CUCUACAAAUUGAAGCUGAACGUUGUGCAUGGUCGUCACAACGCUGAGCUGCUAUUCUGGGAUCAAGCAUGCAAGCAAUUUUUGGGAAAACCUGCGUCCGAUUUUCGUGAACAUCUGGAUGAUGUCAAGUUUAGACCUCAUAGUGCUCCUCCAUUGUUCUACGACUUGGUUGGGCGGGAGUACUUAUUCAAAAUUGAGAGAGACAUCGCGAGUUUAGAUGGAUCCGAUGCUGCGUUUUGCAUAAGCAUGACAACAGACAAUAAGGAAAAGAUUGAGCAGAUUAAGUCAUCCUGGAAAGAUGAACCAGAGCCAGAGGCUGAAUAUAAUUCUGAUUCAUAUCUUGACUUAAUUCUUGAACCUCGAACUACGGUAGAAUCCAACUUGACACCAACAUCACCUGAGCAUGACCAAGGGCAGACUCCAAUUUCAUCCUCAAAGAGAAAAACUGAGGAUAUAGAUGGUAGCAAAGAAAUCUCAGAUGAUAAAACACUGGGGUCUACAAAUAAGAAUAAGAAGUUGAAGGAGGUCAAAAAAGAGAAACUUUGAAGUUCGCCAUUUAGAAAACAAGGUUUUAUGUUUUGUUUGAUUAUUCGUAUUUCUGCAUUCGCAUUUCCUCCU